AUUAUGGGCGAAUUGGUUUGGAAGAAAAGUGAGCAAGGCUAUGUAUUGAGUGCAUUCUUCUGGGGCUAUUUAUGUAGCCAAAUUCUUGGUGGUUAUUUAGCCGGUCGAUAUGGGGCUCGUUUGGUGAUCGGUUUUACGGUUUUAGGAAGUGCAAUUCUGACAGUGAUCAGUCCAUUAGCUGCAACAAUUAGCGUUUUUGCAUUCAUCAUUGCACGAGUUUUGAUAGGUUUUAUGCAGGGUGCUAUAUUUCCUGCAUUCCAUACUAUGUGGUCACUGUGGUCACCUCCGCUAGAAAGAAGUUUAUUAACCGGAUUAACAUAUGCAGGUGCACAAAUCGGUAAUACAGCUGUAAUGCCGUUAUCCGGUUUACUUUGUAAGUAUGGAUUUGCAGGUGGUUGGCCAUCCAUCUUUUAUGUUAUCGGUACGGCUGGCAUUUUAUGGUGUCUUUUGUGGUUCUUCUAUGUUUCGGAUCGACCUUCUCGUAGUAAACGCAUUUCUAAAAGGGAGCUAAAUUAUAUUGAAAAUUCAUUGCCUAAUAUAUUGACAUCAAAUUCCAGGAAGAAAAAAGCAGUUCCAUGGCUUGCAAUAUUUAAGUCAAUUCCAGUGUGGGCAUUAUUCUGUGGUCAUUUUGCCGGUGAUUGGGGUGCUUACAUUAUGAUGACCAGUCUUCCACUAUUCAUGAAUGAUGUUUUAGGAUUAGAUUUCGCUUCGCUUGGAUUUUUAACAGCAAUUCCGUACAUUGUAUACUUCAUGUUUAUUAAUUUGGGCGGUUUUGUCGCAGAUAAAUUGCAAAAUGCUAAUAUCUUAUCAACUAUAGCUACUCGACGUCUUGCUAUGAUCAUUGCACUUGGAAGCCAAAGUAUAUUUUUGAUAGCUAGCGGUUAUUGUGGCUGUGGUCAAGAAACCCUGGUAAUCAUAUUUCUAACUCUUGGUAUUGGCUUAUCCGGAGUACAAUAUGCCGGUUUUGUGGUUAAUUAUCUUGAUAUUGCACCAACAUUUGCUGGACCUAUAUUAGGUAUCGGAAAUACAAUAUCAUGCAUUGCUGGAAUUAUAGGCCCAUUGAUGGUUGGCCAACUUACUCCAACGGGUUCAAAAGAAGAAUGGCAAUUAGUUUUUUGGAUAACCGGUGCAGUGCUAUUAACCGGUACAGUCAUUUUCUGUUUAUUUGCCAAAGGUGAAGUACAACCGUGGGCAUUGGGUGACGUUGACAAAGACGUGAAUUGUGAAUUGGAGAAAAAAACGCUUAGUACAUUGGAGAGUUCAUCGUAA